CAUAUGCUCUAUAUAAAAAAAAUCCUAAAUUACAUUUCGUUUAUAAUAUUUAUAUAUUUCAGUUUAUACAAUUAUUCGGGGCUUAUGUGACAAUUCAAAUUGAGAUCGAAAAAUGAUUUUCUAAAAUAAGUGAACCAAUAAGCUUGGUAUUUUAUUCAAGUGAAACUAUCUGAAUAAUGCAGAUCGCCAAUGAAAGAGAGCACCGUGAUAUUUUCCUCGCAUUAGCCACCGCUGUGCAUGGAUUGGGCUGCAUCAAUUGUUUCUACAUGGUGGUUUUAACCACUUACAUAUCUGUCAAAUCCGCAUCAACUCGCUUCGCAAGAUUCGGCUAUAACUUCAAGUUUUCCAACACCAUCAACUUGCUGAUUCAACUGCUUUACAACCUCUACGCUAUCUUUGUGGAUGUGUUAAUGUGGAGUAAUUAUGCAAGAGAUAUCCCAUUGUGCUAUUCUGAACUAAGGUCCUUCAUCCGUGCUAGUGCGGCAGUACCAUUCGGUUGGUGUCAUAGCUUUGUAUACUGGACAUUUCAUUACAUCGACCCACGUGCGCUUCAUGACAAAAAUAUUCCGAUUCUGCCAUUUUGGCCGAAGCACUUGGUUAAUACUGUCAUUCCGGUUAUCCUCAUCUUGGAUAUCUUCGUAUGCAGGGGUGAUCCCGUGAACAAUAUAGCCGGAGGAAUCGUCACGUUCAUUUACUGCAUGUUCUACAUGAUUUGGUUGCAGAUUAUCUAUUAUAUGACGAAUUACUGGGCGGUCCCUUUCCUGGCUAACCUUUCCUUGAUGAUGAAAUUUUCUAUAUUUCUAUCAUCCAUGUUCGUCGUGUAUUUGUUCUUACUUCUUGGAAACGCAGUCACUGACCUGCUCUGGAACGACGAUAGUUAUAGUUAUAAAUUAUAUAGGCGAUAUUUACUACGCGAAUUUGGUCGCUCUAUUCAUAAUCAUGAAGACAUGGGAUCAGAAGUCCAGAAUUUACAGAUGGUUCUGAGUGCGGAUCAAGUUAAGGCUAAAAAACUUACAAUCACUAAAUAAAAUGUUUAAAAUUUAA